AUGGACGAGACGGAAUCCAGGGGAGUGGUCUACACCCGCUGGGGAAGAAAUAUCUGUCCGGAUCAUUCGCAAAGAUUAUAUUCAGGUAUAAUGGCUGGCUCUUACUACAAGCAUACAGGAAGUGGAGCUAACCAGUUGUGUCUCCCACUGGAUCCCCAGUUCAACAAAACCUACCCUGGACAUCAAUCCAAAUCGUAUGUGUAUGGAACUGAGUUUCAGAUAAGUUCUGGGAAUGAUGUCUUCUACACAACAAACUCGGGGGGUGUCGUCCCUCAUGACAGAGAGGCUCAGUGUGCUGUGUGCUAUACUUCGGGAAGGUUGAGUCAUCUGAUGAUCCCAGCCCGACUCGAGUGUCCAUCGGGAUGGACCGUGGAGUACCUGGGGUUUCUUAUGUCCCAACACCACACGUACCACAAGUCUGAGUACGUGUGCGUGGAUCAGGAUCCAGAUACUCAUCCCGCCACCGCUUCCAACCUCAAUGGAAAUCUCCUGUACGUGGUGGAGGCGGCGUGUGGCUCACUACCUUGUCCACCAUAUGUGGACGGUUAUGAGAUUACCUGUGUCGUUUGCACAAAAUAA